GGUAAAAUGAGCGAUGCUGACCACAAAAAAGAUCGUAGCAAUGCAAUGGAGGAAAAUGCACAAAAAAUAUCGGACAUUGGCAAAACAAAAGUUGAAAAUGAGCGAAAACGGGCAUCAGAAAGAUAUAACCCGUGCGCAAAGUUUGACCUUGCUCGGUGCUCAAGAAGUCUGUGCGGUUGCUCAACAAGCGAAUACAUCAAAUACGUAGAUCUGUCAAGAGAUGAACAGUACUGGCUGGCGAUGCAUUGCAUACGAACACUCCUGCAGAUGAAGAGCAAAAAGAAGAAUGCGCUGUUUAUGAUCAUUGAAAAGAUAGAGAAGAUGUUUUUGGACGAGGAUUUGAAUUACAUACCGCGAGAAACGGUGGACUCGCGUAUUUUUGAGCUUUUGGAUCAUUUCGAGGUGUGUGGAACAUCGUGCAUCGGUUUUUUGAGGCUGCCUGGCAAAACGGAUGUGUACCAUAAAAUGCUGGAGCAGAUGAAGGGACCAACAAAAAUAGACUUUGGCAGAUACGAAAUGCGUGACAACUGCUCUUUGUUCAAGCUAUAUAUGCGCAAGGAGCUCAAGGGCAUAAUAUACCCCUGCUUGGCACCUACCCUGUACUAUUUGCAUGACAGAAACAGAAGGGAUGAGCUGUGUAAGAUAAAAAAAUAUCUGCCAUUCGUUUUCGUGGGUCUCAGGAGAAGGCUGCUUUUGAGAAUUCUGCACUUGUACAGAAAAAUUAGUGAAAAUGAAGAAGUUACCAAAAUGAACAUAAGGAGCUUGGUGGUGUGCUCAACACCAUCAUUUUUUCCAGCAUAUGAUACGAACAUGUCCUUGCCAGCCAAGCAGGUAAAAAUAUUUGAAAGUCUUUUUGAUAUGCAGUUCAAGUACGUGAGCAGGGAUUUGUUGGAUGAGAGCUGGAAGCUGAAAACGAUUUCGACAGGAACAGAUGAGGACGAAAUUGAUCACGGAUACGACUUUGUUAAUCCGGAUGAGUUCAGAUGGUAUUAGUAAAACAAGAUGAGCAUGAUAUAAUAGUAAUUUAUACGAUAUGGUUUGCGCUACAGAGUCAUGGAGGAAAUGAAACGUGUUCAGUAAUCAAUAAGCAUCUUAAUAGGGAAAUAAAAGUUUG